CACAAGGGCGCAGCAGCUGUUUACAUAAGUGAACGAUUUAACUUCCUGUCUACCUUCUUCGUUAACUUCGCAGAUGUGGACUGUAUUGUAUUGUGUUUUCGGUACAGCAGGUCGUCCAGACUGUUGACUUAAAAGUAACAUGUAAUAUGGGGAAAUCGGAACAUGAGUAUCGAAUGUUCCACUACUGUUAAUGAGUUGACGGUCGGCUGCUCAUUGAUGAUCACACACAACAGUAUUUCCGAAAGGAACUAGUUACUAUUUACUAGUUAAACAGGAAUGUGAUGCCUGCUUUCAACUUCAUUUGUUGGUGUCGGUCAUGAAGAAAAGAUCCCAUCAAGCACUAGAUCAGGAGGACCCUCUGUGCUGCUGUGAGUAUGUGGACCGUCAUGGUAGGCGGAGCCACGUGGCAGCAUGCUGUUGUGACUGUGAGGAUUUGGAUGAUGCUUUUGACAGUUGGAUGAAGAAGGAACCUCAAAAGGCAGAUUCUCUGACCCAGGUGGUAGCUACCAUCAAUGAUCGUCUGCGGGUGCCGUGGAUAUCAGGUGCCAGACGAUUUGACCUCUCGUUGAUCCCUCCCCUUAUACUGCUUCCUGUUUUUUUGCACAUUGCAUCUUGGCACUUCCUGCUGGGUAUUAUAGUUCUAACAACUUUACCUUUAUUAGUUAUUUUGUACUACUACCUCACCCAUCGCAAGAAAGGACGCACGCUGUUCUUCCUCAGCCUUGCCGUAUUCUCCCUCUUCUACAUGUUCUACCUCUUCAUCGCUGAAGUUGUUCCUCGAGGUGAUGUGAAUCAUAUUCAGUUGGGUGCCGUGACGACUGGUGUUGCUCUCACAGUCAUUUCCCUCAUAAACACCAAGAGGGGGCCGGGUUAUGUCAGGCCACACCCCACUGAGACUCAUAGCACGGUGACCUAUCACAACCCACAGUCGGACAUAGAUGCUGCAUAUUUAAACGGAGCACGUCACCAGGUGGUGAUAGCCAAUCGUGUGAGUUCUCCCGAUCAGACAGGUGAAUCUGGGACGGCAAGUGUGGAACCUAGGGAGGGUCAAAAGAGGAACUGGUGCUCAGUAUGCAAGGUGGUGCGGCCCUCCAGAGCAGGACACUGUCGGAUCUGUGGAGUCUGCAUCCUACGUCUAGACCAUCACUGUGUCUGGAUCAACAGUUGUGUGGGACAGGCCAAUCACAUCAGUUUCCUUCUGACACUCGUUCUCUUUGUGUUGACGUCACUGUACGGGAUCAGUUUGGUCCUUCGUAGUGUGUGUCCCCAGCAGAGUGUGAUGAUGGCUCUCUUCUACUGUCCUGAUGUGUACAACCAGCACAGCACUGCUCUGUGUUUCACGUGUGCCUGGUACAGCAGCAUUGUGACCGGAGGUCUGCUACACCUUCUGGUUCUCCAGCUUAUCAACGUCAGCUACAACACGACCCAACGCGAGGUACGUCUCGCUCUGAGAGAGAAAACCGGUCGGACCCUCCUAUGGGGCCUGAUCGUUGACACAGGCGUCUACUGUCGAGGUUUCCGUAGCAACUGGGUGGAAUUUUUGACCAUGAGCAAUGCUCUGGAGCCGCCGAACCCCAAACCAACAGACCUGGUGUAGAAAGUAAAUAGUCACUCACUGGUGACUAAUGGACCUUCAAGGGAUGACGGCUGAAUAGCAGGGGAUCAAAGUGAUCGAUCGCUCAUAUACUAAUGUGAAGCAUAAUGUUGUUCUAUUUAAUCCAUUCAACAGCUGUUGUAGAGUCAGUUUUAUGGCUCUGAGCAGCGUAGUCAAGGUCGCAAUAUCGGUCAUAAUGCUGACUAUGAAAUAUGAGGUGAAUGCUUAUGUUUUUUGUGGACCAUUAGAUGGCAGUGUUGUAGUGUGCUACAUUUUUACAGGUGUAUUUCAUUAAGUACGUCCUUGUCAGUUGUCAGGUGUGAUCUGAUGACAGAACCACUGAACAGACAUGAUGUGGCCCAGUUUUUAUUUAAAACAAUUAUUUUAUGCUUUGUUUAUUAACCCAUUUGUUUUUGUUUGUCAUUACUUUUAUGUCAUUUAUCAGUCAGAAGGAUAAUUGUUUAACUUUGUACAUACUUUUUAUUGUAUAAUACACAUUCACAAAACCAGCACCAGUGUGGCUGUAGACAGAUUAAACACAGUAUGUCUAGUCAAAAACAAUUUGAACUUUGUCAGUAUAAAAGAAAGUGGUCUUGAUAUGCAAUUGUUAUUCAUUGCAUUUCUGUUUUUACAUUUACUCCCAGUUGAAUUUAGCUUUUAACAUUUGUCUUGUAGUGUUGUCUUAUAGUUGUGUGAAUUAAUAUUAAAAUUUAAGCUUUAUUCGGUGCCUUUAUAAUAUCAUAAGUGAUGCUACAGUGCAUCCAUACAACUUUCCAUCUCAUGUAAGCCUAAUGAACGUUUUAUGUCUGGGUUUGAGUGCUGUUCGUCUGUGUGCUUCUUUUCAUGUUGUUGUUCAACUGGGGAGUCUGCAUUACUUAGCAUUCAGUUAAAUUAUGAAUUAGCGCAAUAGCUUCCAUAUUGAAGCAGGUUUCAGUUCAUUAAUUUCCUUCAGAGCACAAAAUCAUUCUGAGAAGUGAAUAUAUUAAGUGCUUCAAAAUCCGGAUGUUUAUUUCUAUUUGUCUCAAUUAUGUUCUGCUUUUUAUAUCGCAAUGCAUUUCAUUCAACAAGUUGUUCAAUUAAACCACACCAUGAAAAAAUAAACAAGAUUAAAAUGUG